CCCAGGAGCCUGUCCUGUUUGGCACAAGCAUCAUGGAAAAUAUUCGAUUUGGGAGGCCGAGCGCCGGCGAUGCUGAGGUCUAUGAAGCCGCAAAACUGGCGAAUGCUGAUGACUUUAUCCGGAACUUUCCAGAUGGAUAUAACACAAUGCUAGGUGAGCGCGGGGUCACCCUCUCCGGCGGUCAGAAGCAGCGGGUGGCCAUUGCACGCGCUCUUCUAAAGGACCCUCGCAUCCUGAUUCUCGAUGAGGCAACGAGUGCCCUGGACUCAGAGUCUGAGCGGACUGUACAAUUAGCCCUGGAACGCGCUGCCUCUGGCCGCACAGUGCUGGUCAUUGCUCAUCGGCUCAGCACCAUCGCGGAUGCGGACGUCAUCGUGGUCUUGUCAAAGGGCCGGGUGGCAGAGAGUGGAACUCAUCGCGAGCUGCUCCGUAUGGGGGGUCUUUAUGCAGAGCUCAUACGCAGACAGAGCCAGGAGCCCCAGUGACCAGUCCCAACCAGUCCAUCUGAUGGUGCAAGAUCUCACUCCAGCCUGUGACCCAGGACCAGUACUUACUGCAGAGACCAUAUAUAACAGCUGACCUCAGAUCCAGCUCACUGGGUGCAGGACAGGAGCCCCUGGGGCCAUGAACUCCUGUGAGCUGGACAUCCUCCCUCUGUGUGCGGCAAUGAUACCCCUGAUACACGCUCCUGUGAGCUGGACAUCCCUCCCUCUGUGUGCAGCAGUGACACCCCCGGCACACGCUCCUGUGAGCUGGACAUCCCUCCCUCUGUGUGCAGCAGUGAUACCCCCGGCACACGCUCCUGUGAGCUGGACAUCCCUCCCUCUGUGUGCAGCAAUGACACCCCCGGCACACGCUCCUGUGAGCUGGACAU